GAAUGUUGAGGGCUGUGCUCAACUUCAAACCCAAGCCUGGCAUCAAACAGCGAACCCUCAGAUAAACCAAACAAACAGACCAGGGAUCGCAUAGAGGGAGGCGGCGCUGGAAGCGCAUUUCAAAGGAGAAUAACAACACAACCAGAUCUCGACGCCUUGCACUUUGCAAACUCUUUGCAUUUCCACAUUUUAAUGAGCCCUCUAUCUUGUAUGCAAUUGUAUCGACAUGUAAGGUUAUUGUCAUAUGAUCAUAAUGACCUGUUUGUAGCAGUAGUGUCCACCCUGUGGUUGCGCUUUGAUGUAGGCCUAGUGGCCGAUCAGAGAUCAGAUUACAUGCUUUAGAUCGCAGCUAUCCCUGCCUUUGAUCUCCGCUCUGAUUUUGUCUUCAAUCCGGGGAUUCUCCUGGACUGGAGUAGCGCAGUUGAGCAAAGAGCACAUCGCAUGGCUGGAAUGGUCUGGAGACCUAUGCAGAACGCACAGGAGUGGAUAUCUGUCUGAAACUACACUCAUUCAGGCAGGGAAAGGACAACUAAAGAACCCACCAGACUACAGCAGCACAUACCAGAGUCAUUCUGCAGUAGCCCCUAAAAAUGGCCUUGAUACCUGGGCACACCUGGUUAUUUCUACUGACGUUACAUGUAAUAUACUCAUCUCUGGUUCCUGUAACAGCGGAGGAGGAGACCAGAGAAUGCAGGGAACAGGAGUACAAGGAUCAGCUUGGGAACUGUAAACCCUGCAAGCAGUGCGACGCCGGGCAGGAGCUAUCAAAGGAAUGUGGCUUUGGUUACGGAGAGGAUGCCAGGUGCGUGUCCUGCAGAAGCAACCGCUACAAAGAGGACCGGAGCCUGCAGAAGUGCAAGCCCUGCCUGGACUGUGGCCUGAACAACCGCUUCCAGAAGGCCAACUGUUCCACCACCAGCAAUGCUGUGUGCGGAGACUGUCUGCCCGGGUUUUACAGGAAAACUAAGCUGAGCGGAUUCCAAGAUAUGGAGUGCAUACCAUGUGGGGACCCUCCACCUCCAUAUGAGCCACACUGCAGCGGGCGGGUGAACCUGGUCCCCAUCCCCCCGGUGGUGACCAGCCCUCGGGACAUGGCCCUGGCAGCAGUCAUCUGCAGCGCUCUGGCCACCGUGCUGCUGGCCCUACUCAUCCUCUGUGUCAUCUACUUCAAGAGACAGCUGCUGGAGAAGAAGCCCAGCGCAUCUCUAAGGUCCCAGGACAGURCAUACAGUGGAGCAGAGUUGUCCUGCCUGGACCGACGGAGGCUUCGUGAUUUCCCUCAGCGCCCAUGCUGCCAAUGUCACCACGGGCCAGGCCACACCUGUGGCCCAGUGCACCUGAUCCCCUCCCUGUGCUGUGAUGAAAUCUGCAGUCUGGGCCGGAGCAGAGACACCAGCCCCUUCCAGUCCCAGAUCAGCCUCAACGAGGGAUGUGGCGUGAACCCCUGUGAGGAGAAUGUUCUGGCCUAUCUGAAAGCCUAUCCAGAGCCCUGCAUCUCCAGAGAGGCCGACGAGACAUGGCCGCUCAUGCAGAACCCCGGCUGUGUCGAAAGCUUGGGAUCACCCUGCUGCAACCGAGAGGAAGAGGGUGAGGAAGACGAGGAAGAAGAAGAGGAGGGGUGCAGGUCAAGUGAGGACACACAGGAGAAAUCAACUGAACAGGCUAGACAGAGCCAGGAGAAGACUGGUGCCCUGACAGAGGUCCUCCUUCCAAAGCAGCAGCCAUCUACACUGGAAGGAUGACAUGGAUUUAUUUGGCUCGUGUUCCACCCUUGAACCGCCCUGGACCU